AUGUCCAAGACACUGGUGACGCAGACGGACGUGCAACUCUCGUCGGAGAAAGAGACCAGUAGCGGAUUGAAACCUCGAGAUACUGCUGAUCCAGGGAGAAAGAGAAAAGCGUCUGAUUCUUUACCCAGCAAAGUUAACAGUCCGCGCCAAAAAAUCACCAGGGCCUGUGACAGCUGCAAGGAGAAGAAAACCCGCUGUACGGGAACACUACCAUGUGGAAGAUGCACUCGACUCUCACUUGCGUGUGAAUACAACGCGGCCUAUUCUCGAGGCUUGCCGCCUGAUCCUCUCCCAGCGCCUCCCUCAGUAGCUGCCAGAUAUGCGAAGAACCGCUCUGCCUCACAAACCUCGGCGGAACCGAGCCCUAUCUCUCAAAGAUCGCAAACGGCAAGAGACUCGCCUAGAGCCCUGACGAAUGCGAAUUCGCAGCUUUCACGGGAGUCUGUCGAGGUCUCUCAGCGUAAUUCUCCGGACCCCGUGGCUACCGAUUUUGAGGGUAAUUAUCUGGGGCCCGCAUCGGGAGUCUCCUUUCUGAACCGUGUGUGGCGGCGUCUUCAUCAGGAUGAAACAAGUGCUGUUCCAGAUGAACUGGAUAAUGAAACUUGUUCAAAAAAUACCUCAGUCUUUAUGUUUGGCGACAGGCCUUACUCUGAUUACCAUGAUGCUGGCUUUACCCUGCCUUCGUUCGAGAGAGCUUUGGAGCUAGUAAGCAUCUAUUUCGACUAUGCAAUUGUGACUUAUCGGUUUUUGCACCGAAGGAGUGUGGAGCAGUGGCUCAGGCAAGUCUAUGAAUAUGAUAUCUCCUCUUCAAAUCUUCCUACUGGUCCUAUGGUAGCCAGAACUGCAAUCAUUCUUAUGAUAUUCGCUGUAAGCAUUUUGCACGAGGAACAAAAGCCUGGAAAUCAAGUAGACGGUUGGAGUGAAAGUGAGAAAUGGUAUGCCGCAUCUAAAUACAUCUCUUCAAUGGAGUCUGGGCCCCCUCGGCUUGAGACCGUACAAGCAAGGUUGGGACAAUGUCUUUAUCUCCUUUCUUCAUCGCGAGCGAAUGAGUGCUGGUACACUUUUGGUACAGCCCUACAGCUUGUAACAGCUAUUGGCCUACAUCGGCGCUGUCCCGCCAAACUGCCCAAAACAGGGACUACCCAUUUAGAAAGUGAACUUCGGAGGCGCAUUUUAUGGAGUGCGUAUACAUUGGACAAAUACCUCAAUGUCAUAUUUGGACGGCCACGAUUGUUGCACGAUGAAGAUAUUGACCAGGAAUUUCCAGACGAGGUGAAUGACGAGGACAUGCUCCAAGAAGACCCAGAAAGACGGACAGGCACUGCUGAUUGCAUGAUGAUUGCAUCUGUUCUACAUUUCAGAAUUGGGCGGGUUCUUGGUGAGAUUUCUCGGCAGUUUUAUACAAUCAAUCCAGUUUGCCGCGACUCACCGCUGGAAGCAGCCGCACGUAUCACCUCGGACCUUGAAAGAUGGAAAGAAACAGCACCCCCUCUAUUCAACGCUGUUCGCGCGACCAGUCUUAUUCCACCUCUAUGUAGACAGAGCCAGGUCCUUCAGCUUGCAUACUGCCAUGCAAUGAUUCAUGCCACUCGAUAUUUCCUAUUGAAUGAUUUCACUGAUCUUACGCGCAGACCCACGGCUCCCCAUCCGCUGGUGGCAAAGCAUGUGAAUAAGUGCAUUGAGGCCGCGGAAGAUGUCAUGAACUUGGUAGACAGCCUGGCCAAACAAGGUGUCCUAGUCCAUUCAUUCUGGUUUACCCACCAUGUCUGCUUCUGUGCAAUAAUUGUGGUGUAUAUUCACACCAUUCAACAGCACCGAUUAUUAUCUACCCUGCAGGCAUCUGAAAUGGACGAGGACCGACUACGCUCACUUUUCAGCCUCGCGGAACUUUGCCAACAACACCUUGCGGAGGCUACCCGCAAGAACUGUCCCAGUCGUCGAUACAGCAUCAUCCUAGAAGAGACGAGACUGGAGGUUCACAGACAACUUGGCUCCGAUCUGGAUACUGCCUCCUUUGGAGGCGGCCUACAGCCUUCUAGGGCAGCAUCCCUCAAAAAUCAGGAAACCACUGUGGAGCAGAGACUGGUGGCGAACUCGGUUCCUUCAAAUAACCCAAUUUCUUUGGAUUCAAGCUCUAUAAACUAUGCAGGAGGCUUGCAGCAAGGCUUCGCCAAUGAGCCAUUUGGGUCUAUCGACAAUAUGGGACUUCUUGAGAAUCUUGACGGUUCCAUUUGGUGGUCGCAAUUAGAUACCUGGGUGAGAACCGUCUCCUAG